CCAUUAUUUUUUAAUUAGUGUUCAUAACGAGUAAUUAAUUAAAUAUUUUCGUUGAUAGUGCUUAUUCUCUAAUUAAUAAGUAGUGCUAACUACUCAUUUUCUAGUUUGCGAUAAUGUUCGUGUUAAUAGGGAUGGUAACAUGAUUAUAACACAAUUUGCAAUAUUAUAUACAAUGCAAAUAAUCAUCCAGAACUCUAUCUGCCUCAAUGUAAUCGAUUUGCCACAAGAUGUGUAUAAAACUAAAAGACCGAAUCAAAACAAAAUCUCGUUUAGAGCAUCAGACAUGGAUGCACCACCGCCACAGGAGUCAUCGACUGUGUCACCAACUUCAUCACCAGCUAUGUCGCCAACCACCACACCGAGUCCAAUACCACCAAGCAAAGAAAAAUCGAAUAUACGCAGGCGAUGGCUAUUGAAUGAAGCUCCUAAGAAAAAAAUACUUGGAAGGUCCUCAUAUGAAGAUGAAAAAGAUUAUACUUUAAAAAGUAAAAUAGCAUUGCUGGUGAAUCAGACGAUGGAAGACGAGCAUAUAAGAAUGCAAGAAAUUGAACAUAUAAAAGUGCAAUUCAGAGAUCAGAAGCCUUAUAGGGCUGGGUUCGUUUUAAGUUUGAUAAAGAAGUCAAGAGAUGUCCUCAACGAACUGUUUAAUGUUGCUGUCAAACACAGGGACGAAUGGAAAGCUCUAGAACAGCUCAAGAUCUUCGAACUAAUCAUCCACACGAAUCUUGAUACAACGGACCUGUUAAGGCAGCUUGUUGAUAUACAUUUAGGUAAUUCAACUUCGGCUCUACCGGAUCGAAAAAGAAUAAAAAAAGUUUAGGUAUAUUUUAAGGUAAUGUGUCUAAUACAAAUGUCAAACUCCCACAAACUUUUUGAACGAUACACAAAAUAUAU